AUGAGCUGCUGCGUCCGCAAGAGCACCAAAGCUGACAAGCUCGCAGCGACGUAUGACGUUGACUUCAUUCACUCGACGGUGAACAACACACCCGUGGUACAUGUCUCAUUCGUGCCUGAUCCAUCCGUGCCUCUGCCAGUCAUCUUACCGAUGAUAGGCCAGAUAGGUCGUUUCUCCGGGGACGAACAAGAUCACGUCUACCUCCACGGUUAUGUGUCGUCGCGGCUCAUGCGUCUUGCAGACGAUUCCAUCAAGUCGGGCGGAGAAGGGCUGCCCAUUUGCAUUGCUGCAACCAAAGUCGACGGGUUCGUGUUGACAUUGACACCAAAUUCACACAACUACAAUUACCGCUCCGCCGUCAUACACGGGUAUGGAACCAUUGUCGAUAACGACGAGGAGAAACUGUGGGCUAUGGAGCUCGUGACAAACAGUGUUGUUCCUGACCGAUGGUCGAAUAGCCGUAUACCACCCGACGGUGCGGAGAUGCAGUCAACGCGUAUAUUGAAAGUAAAAAUCACGGCUGCCAGUGGUAAAGUGCGCGAGGGCGUGCCAAAUGAUGAGAAGAAGGAUCUGACUAGAGAAGACGUGUUAAACAAGGUUUGGACUGGUGUGAUUCCGGUGUACGAGACAUACGGCGAGCCGCAGCCGGGGCCGUACAACCGUAUCAAGAACGUUCCGGAGCAUGUCGAAGGCUUUAUUCUGGACCGCAAUGAGAUCAAUGAGCGCUACGCCUACGAAGCUGCGCAUAAACCAGCCCCAGAAAAGAGAAAGAAGCCUGGAGAAAGUGAUGAUGAGUAA